AUGGACAGGAUUUUCUCUGCCUUGCUGCUCUCUUUACUGCUCCUCCUCCAGAGCUACACCGUGUGCGGGGCUCCUCUGCAGCCCAGAGGCACCCUGUGCAGGACCAAACCCACCGACCUGGUGUUCAUCAUCGACAGCUCCCGCAGCGUCCGCCCGCACGAGUUCGAGAAGAUCAAAGUCUUCGUGUCGCGCGUGAUCGAGGGGCUGGACGUGGGGCCCAACUCCACCAGGGUGGGGCUCAUCAACUACGCCAGCGCCGUCAAGAACGAGUUCUCCCUCAAGACCUACCACACCAAGGCCGGGCUCCUGCAGGCCGUGAGGAGGAUCGAGCCGCUCUCCACGGGCACCAUGACGGGCCUGGCCAUCCAGUUUGCCAUCAGCAGGGCCUUCAGUGACUCAGAAGGGGGCAGGGUGAGGUCUCCCAAUUUUAAUAAGGUGGCCAUCGUGGUGACGGACGGGCGGCCCCAGGACGGGGUGCAGGACGUGGCCGCCCGUGCCAGGGCCGCCGGCAUCGAGAUCUUCGCCAUCGGGGUGGGCAGGGUGGACAUGCCCACGCUGAGGCAGAUCGCCAGCCAGCCCCUGGAUGACCAUGUGGACUAUGUGGAGAGCUACAGUGUCAUUGAGAAGCUGACCCAGAAGUUUCAGGAAGCUUUCUGUGUGGUGUCUGACCUGUGUGCCACUGGAGACCACGACUGUGAGCAGAUCUGUGUGAGCACCCCAGGAGCCUACAAAUGUGCCUGCAAGGAGGGCUUCACCCUCAACAACGAUGGCAAGACCUGCAGUGCUUGCAGUGGUGGGCUGGGAUCUGCUCUGGAUCUCGUUUUCCUGAUCGAUGGCUCCAAGAGUGUGAGGCCUGAGAACUUUGAGCUGGUGAAGAAGUUCAUCAACCAGAUCGUGGACUCGCUGGAGGUGUCGGACAAACAGGCCCAAGUGGGGCUGGUUCAGUACUCCAGCUCUGUCAGGCAGGAGUUUCCUCUGGGGCAGUUCAAGAACAAGAAGGACAUCAAAGCAGCAGUGAAGAAAAUGUCCUACAUGGAGAAGGGGACCAUGACAGGCCAGGCUCUGAAGUACCUCGUGGACAGCUCCUUUGCCAGCAUCAAUGGGGCCAGGCCCGGCGUGCCCAAGGUGGGCAUUGUCUUCACUGAUGGCAGGUCCCAGGAUUACAUCACAGAUGCUGCCAAAAAAGCCAAAGACUCAGGCUUCCGGAUGUUCGCCGUGGGAGUCGGCAACGCCGUGGAGGAUGAGCUGAGGGAAAUCGCUUCCGAGCCCGUGGCUGAGCACUAUUUCUACACUGCUGACUUCAGAACCAUCAGCAAGAUCGGGAAGAAGCUCCAGAUGAAGAUCUGUGUGGAGGAAGAUCCCUGUGAAUGUAAAUCCAUCGUGAAAUUCCAGACCAAAGUUGAAGAUCUCAUCAAUUCAUUGCAGCAGAAAUUGGAAGCUCUGGCAAAAAGGAUCGAGGCCCUGGAGAACAAGAUCAUCUAAAGUCCCAGCACAGGAUUUUUUACCUCCUUCCUAGAACUCCUCCACUUGUCAGGGAGGGCAGCUCAGCCACAGAGCUCUGGCCAGCUUGUAUUUGAGUUCUAGAAUACCUGCAUUUGUUUAAAAGGGAAGAAAUAUAACAGUAGAGCAUUGUAUAAUGGGCAGAGCACUGUGUGUUGCAUCAUAUAGAGUGCAUAUAUUAAAAGGAAAAAAAAACCUGCAAAGAUUUGUUUUUGAUUUAAAGCUUAAUAUAUAUAUGUGUGUGUUAAUAAGUCCUGGAUGAUGAGCUCUGUGAAUCCUCGCUGUAUUCUUCUGCAGCUUCUGUUUCUGUGCAUGAGAUAAUUUAAUUUAAAAGUCAAAGUGACUUCAAAUCACCUCAGCUGCUGAGUGGAAAAUGCCAAAGCUGAUCACCUUGUUGUUGGGAACAUGAUGAGUCUGGCAGUAAGAGAAGUACAGCAGUGAGCCCUGAGCGUGAGCUGCAGGUGGGAUGGGAUAGGCUGGGUUUACCCAGGGCUGUUGUACAGGGUAGAAAGAGCAAAGCUCAGCUUUCCCAGCCAGUGGAUGGUCUCUCAGUGGCCCAGGGAUGGAGUGAGUCCUGACAAUGUGCAAUGAUCUGGUGGCCUUGGCUCUGUGUGACACCAUCUCCGGUGUGCUCGGUGUGAAGACAGCCCAGAUGUCUCUCCACAUCCUCACCUGGAGCUUCAAAGCAUCACCAGCACCUGAAACACAGGGAACUGCUGCUGGAGCUGCCCAUGGAAGAGGUGACUCCGUUGCUGUGUCAUCCAGAGCCUCACCGGCUCCUCCUCCGCCCACGGAGUCACAGAAGCCCAGGAUGGGUCAGCUUGGAAGGGUCCCCAGUGGCCCAUCUGGUCCCACAUCCCUUCCUCAAGCAGGGCCAUCCCAGAGGACAGGGGACAGAUGGUUCCCACACCUCUAAGCACCUUCAAAGCCACCAAGUUCAUCUCCAGACCUUUCAGCCCCUCCUCCUGUCCCUGGAUUCCCAGCACUGGCCAAGACAAAGCAGCAACGUGGACUGGGAGCACCUCAGACCUGCCUGUCUCCUGCAGCUGUAGCCUGGAAUUCAGUCCUGGGAGGAAUGGGGGCCCUGGAGCCCCAUGGAAUGGUCACACCCUCUGGAUGUGAGC